GGGCUCCCUGGGCCCACCUUUCUGAGCCUACCUAAAGGUCUUACCCUGCCUGGGUGGGACAGUGGCUUUAGAGUGUGGCAGCCCCCACCCUGUGGAGCACCCCAGGACAGCUGCCCUGGGGCUGGAUUACUGACAUACCAACAGAACAAGCCUUGCUCUCUGUGGCCAGCCCUUUCUUUCUGUGGCCAGUCUCGUGCUGUUCCUUUCUCCUUCCCCGGGGGCAACCCUGAUUGCCUGUGUAUGCUGAGCCCAGCUCUUUGCUCCCUGGGGCAGCAGAAGCCACUGAACGUCUGCCCUGUUCCUGGUAGGGCCUGUCUCCUGCCAGAGGGUAGCCCACUGCAUUUCCCAACCUCUUUGUCCAGGCUGGUCCUUGGAACUUGAUCUAUAUCGUGCAUUCCUGCCCUUUUCUUUUGGGGGGUGAUAGUGGGGGUGUGUGCCACGUCUGCUUCCUCACUCCAGCCUGGUGUGCAGGCCCCACCCUGCUCUUAUCUCUCCCCUCUUAUCAUCCUGCCUUGGCUGCUGGCCCUUUCCCUUAUACGGCCUGCUAUUGUGUCUGCUUGCAUCCCUACAGGUAACUCCCUCUGCAAGGGAAGCUUUCCUAACAGGGACUGCAGCCCUUGUGGCAGUUAAGCGAGGCAGUCUGGGCUGCCAUCCUGCUGCUGGUUGGACAAGCUGUGUGCUAUGAGUAUUGAGUGGCUCUCUUCAUCUUGGCUGCUCCUCGUGUUGUGGUUCCUCCUUCCCCAACUCUUGCCAGGGCCUGGUGGUGUGGGCUGGGCUGCCCAUGGGGCAGGGAGUGGCCCUGUCAGCACAAGUAGCUCCUGGGAUGGUGACUGGGCUUCUUGCAUGGGUAGUAGCCUGUCCAAAGUUCCUUCCGUGUCCUCUGCAACCUCCAGGCUGCUGGAUAAGAUCUGCUUUGGACGAGGCACGUGUGGGAGCUGUAGGUCAGCCAUACUGCUUGCCUGUGCCUAUUCUCAGGGUGGGCUAUGGGCUACUAUGGUUUUGGAAGUGCAUCCAGAAGAUUGUGUUCUCCUGAUAGUGAUCCCCUUCCACGUGUUUGUGUUCAGCUCAUGGCUUCUCUACCUCAAAAAGUGCUGCCCUGCUGCACCUUGACUGGCAUUGGUGCUUGCCUCCCUGUGCAGCGUGAGGGCUGCGCGUGCCUCUCUGAGCCUGGGUGUGGAAAGAAUCCAGAGAUAUUGGUUCAUUUAUUUUUUAGCUAAUUGAGACUGAUCGGGAGCCUGUGGUGAAUUAGUAGGGAUGUGAACCAGUGUAGAGCAUCAAAUGUAAUGCACUGUGAGAGCUCAGGCAAUUGCAGGCUUCAAUUAUUGAUGGGGCUUCUGUUUUUACUAGGUACAUCGCAGUAGGUAGAUGGAACCCGGAGAGUUUGUUUCUUCCUCCCCAGAGAGGGCAGGGUCCUGGUACUGAGAGUUGUCCGUGUUCCCUGCCGAAGGGCAGGCAGCCAGCUGGCUCUGAGCCCCUCAAAUGGAUAGGGCAAGGCUAAUUACUGGGGCGAUGUUGCCAUUUUUCUUGUCUAGUAGUUGAGGCAGCGUGCCUGGCAGGCCUGCCUGCCCUCAGCCCUGCUGUCCCUGCCACGUCUCCUCCAGCCCUGUGACCCAGCACUGGGCAAAGGACUGUCCUGCUGGAGGGGGAGGCAGCUCUGCUUCUGCCUGGAGCUGCAGGCAGUGUUGUGUGAUGAGAACAAACCUUGUCCUGUGGAACAGGUGUGUGAGGAGCGCCAACAGCCGGGAAAGCUGCUGUGGGUGGGUAAUAGCGGCCCGAGCCGCUGUGACGCUGACUCCCUCUGUGCUGUAAUGAGGGCUGUAUGUGCACCUCCUAGCAGGGAGCUGUGCAGGGCUGACAUGGUGCAGGUGGCUUCUGGCUUUGCAGGUGCCUGGCUUGUGCUUUGCCCAAAAAAUCCACAGCGUUGAGGGAGUAGACGUAACUGCAUCCAUCCUGGAAGAGGGGGAACAGGUCCUUGUGAAAACCCAGCAGAGGGGCUUUAUGCUUGAGUUGCUUUAUGCACUGCAGCAGGUGGUGCUUGUCAAGGCUGCUAUGUGUUAUCUGUAGGAUCUUGUCUGUGCUCUGCCCGCGGUGUCCUGUUCUGUCUGCCAGCUCAGGGUCAGUCUCCCUGGCCAACAGGAGCCUUUGCUGGUGAGGAGCCCUCAAAGCUUCAACUCCCUCCUCCAGCAGAGUAGGAUACGGUGAACUCCAUGUGGGUAUGGCUGUGAUUGGGCCCUCAGAGUUAUUUUCACAGGUGAAGUAUUUGGUCUUGGGGCAGGCAACCGUCCCAAGAGUUGGGAGCAGAAGCGUUCAGGAAGAAUAUCCAGAGUUCUUCCCCUGGGCUCUUCAGCACUGUGCAUCUCUGUUGAAGAUUGAUUUCAGGAGCUCAGAGUGCAGCACAGAGCUGGCCCAGCACUGGGAAGUGGGAAAACGAGGCCAGAAGGACCGGGCUGUCAGGCUUUCUGGGUGCAUGCAUUGGUCCCUGGGGGCUGUGAGGUGAGUACUGUGGUGUUCCUUGUGCCCUGGGGUAGGAGCUGCUUGGGGAUGUGUUUUGUCUUCAGGCUUUUUAGCUUUGCCCUGAAUCAAGCUAGCUGAAAUAUUUUUGGCUUGCUGGGUUUUUUAAGUAAUGGGUGUGUCAGAAAGUGCCUCUCAUGAUGAAAAGGCUUUCAUGCAGCCCUCCUCAAAGAUGGUCAUGGUCUGGCUUCGGAAAAAUGCUCUGUGUAGUUGUAUCUUCAGAGGCGGGGCAUGAGGAGGGGGAGAUGGGUGCACAGCAAUCCCUGGAAUUUCGUCCUUUGUUUUGUGGGAUGCAGCUUACUCAGCUUGGAGCUGUCACAGGCAGCUUGCUUCCUCCUCUUCCCUCCUGCUCCAUGUCCCAAACUGAAGAUGGCUGUAGCCCUGAAUUGCCGUGGAUAGCCAGCAAAGGGUUGUGCUGUGCCCGGGAGCUGCUCCCCAAGAUUGUGGUAUGGGAGCCCGCAGGGAGUUGGCAGAAGGCAGAGAUCUGGGGCUGACCCUCAGCAGCCAGGAAGGCGUGUGGCUGGGUUGCUGUUUGGGGGGUGUGUGGCAGCUGGUGGUGGGGAAGGGCUGUGCUGUAGCUUCUGCUGGGGUGGAUGUUUGUGAGUGCAGGGGAGCAAGGAGAGUGGGCGAGGGACCAGUCCUGUGUUCCUUCCCCCGCUGCUGUGUGUUUACUCCCUGUGGAAGGGACAGGAAGGAAACAGCCUCAUGGCUGCUCCAGCCCCUUAUCUGGCUCCCUUAAUGGCCCUUCGAGUUCCAUUGUUAGCAUCCACAUUCUCUUGGCUGUGCACCCAGGGGAUGUGUGGAGGUGGGGACAUGGGCCUGAGUGGCAUUGCUGGCUGUGUGGGGCCUUACCUUCCUGUAAUGGCAAACUCCUCUGGCAUGGUUGCCUGAGGGAGGUUGUACUGUGCAGGAGCCCUUUUUUUUGUCGGGGUUGUUUCUCCCUUUUAAAGAGCUUAGUGAGAUGCUGUGCUGGAAAUGAGUGCUCUUCUACCUGCCAGCAGUCGUUCUGGCUGGGAUCUUGGGUACUCUGUAGGCAUAGGGUGUCUGUGUGUGAUAUGACCUUCCCAUGCUCCUGGGGAAGCCUGGGCACCUGCUGGCUGAGUCCCCUGGGACUGCAAGCACUGUCCUGCUACAGCCUCUGCAGCAUGGCUGUGGGGUUGGGCCCUGCAGCCUUGCUCUGUGACCGAGGGAGCUGUCACUGAGAUCCAGUGUGGUGGCCCUGGAGGCUGAGGAGCUGCAUCCCCCAUCAAUUCAGAUGGAUGCCAACCAUGGAUGGAGGGGUGUUUGAUUUGAGGGUGAGAGUUGAGUUCUUACGGGGCAGAGACGGGGAGGCAAGGUGAUCUAGAGCCUCAUCUCUGCUGGGCACUGCACAUACACAAGUAGAAGAACUGGAUUUUUUUUAUUGAUGAAGGCAUUACAGAAUGGAGGCAACCAGAUGUUGGGAUAUGCUGCAGGCAGCCUUUGAAGCACAUGGAAAAAAAUCCAGCCUGCUUUGCUGGAUUUGGUCACAGUGGUGUCUCUCUGAUAGUGCUGGGGCAGAUGGGCUCCUCGGGUGUCUGUGGGAAGCUCUGGGGCAGGCAGAGCCACAGGAGGGAUUUGGGCUCGCUGGCAGUGGGGGAGGCAUUUCAGGAAGUGUUUAAUCUAAAUACUCUUGAGUUAAUUCUUACUUAUUUUCCACAUUAAAAAUGAUGCAAAAAAAAACAAACAAAAGAACACCCACUCUACUCUUGGUGCCUCUGACCCACCAUCUGCGUCAGACUGAAACUGGAGGGACUGGGCUGCCAGGGAGUGAGGGCCUGGAGGAGAUAGGUACUGUGUAAGGGUGGCGGUGCCCAUGUUCCUGGCCCUGGGUUGGUGCUGGGAGAGCGGGCAAAGCUGCUGCUGUGCUGGAGACCGUGGGAAAGCAGUCCCUGCCUCGGCUGCCUGGCUCGAGCGAGUCCCCGCAUGCCUGCAGUGACUGUAUGGGUUUGGGAAAACCUCUUGUGGGCCUGCCGGGGCUUGGCUGGGGAGGUGGAGGGCCAGGCCCAUGGUGUUCCUGUCAGCAGGGAGCUGUUUGAGGGGCUGCAGUGUCUGAGGGAGCUGUUGCAGAGAUGGUGCGAGCCUGCAGCUGACCCAGCUCCAUCCUUCAGAAGGAGAGGAGACCCUCAGCCUGUUCCCUUCCCUGCCUUCUGAUUUAAGUUUGCUCGUGGUUUGACCCCGUUCUCCUGCUGUCCCUGCAGCUCUCUUCCUCCUGCUUCCUCCCUGUGGUGGCUGGGCUAUUUCUCCCAUGACUCUCUACGUCUAGACCUGGCUGUCCCGUGCCUUUGCCAAUCACACCCGAGCUUCCUCUUCUAACAGUGAAGAGCGGGGCUCCUCCCCUUCUGGGUCACUUUUCCUCCUCUCACCUUGACACCAAGCCAACUCUGCUUGUGCCUCCCUGUGCCCUUCGCCCCUUCCCCGCCCGUCCUGGGUAACCGUCACCCAUGGACGACUCGGAAGUGGAGUCAACCGCCAGCAUCCUUGCCUCUGUCAAGGAGCAGGAGGCGCAGUUUGAGAAGCUGACACGGGCGCUGGAGGAGGAGCGGCGCCAUGUCUCAGCCCAGCUGGAAAGAGUGCGGGUCUCCCCACAGGACGCCGGCCCGGGCUUGGCCAACGGCACACUCUCCCGGCGGCACCAGAACGGCCGUUUCUUGGGUGAUGCUGACCUGGAAAGACAGAAGUUCCCAGAUCUGAAGCUCAACGGACCACAGGACCACAGCCACCUCUUGUACAGCACAAUUCCCAGAAUGCAGGACCCGGGCCAAAUUGUAGAGGAGACGUACACCAUGGAGGAGGACCCAGAAGGGGCCAUGUCUGUUGUGUCUGUGGAGACGUCAGAUGAUGGGACAACCCGACGCACAGAGACCACGGUGAAGAAAGUGGUGAAGACUGUGACCACCCGAACGGUGCAGCAGGUCCCCAUGGGGCCUGACGGGUUACCCUUGGAAACUUCACCUGUCCCAAGCAACUACGUCCAGACGAUGGACAGGAACUUCCGCAAGAAUGGCAACGGUGGCCCUGGCGGCUACCUGAACCACCCAGGCACGGCCACGCUUCCUCGCAACUACCAUUACCCCGAUGGCUAUGGCCGCCCCUAUGACGACAGCUACCCGGGCAGCGAUCACAGCUAUGGCAGCCUGUCCCGUGUCACCCGCAUUGAUGAGCGCUAUCGCCCAUCUAUGGACGCUUACCGGGCCCCCAGCCGCCAGGACAUCUAUGGCCCUCAACCUCAAGUACGUGUUGGGGGCAGUAACAUGGACCUCAACCACUUCCACCCUGAGCCGUACGGCCUGGAAGAUGACCAGCGCAGUGUGGGCUUUGAUGAUGUGGACUACGGGCUUAUGUCUGACUAUGGCACAGCCAGGAGAGCAGGGACGCCAUCUGAUGCUCGACGUCGGCUCAGGAGUUACGAAGACAUGCUGGUGGAUGAAGUGGCUCCCGACCGGUACUACUGGGCCCCCCUGGCUCAGCAUGAGCGGGGCAGCUUGGCCAGCCUGGACAGCCUGCGGAAAGGAGCACCAGCCCCGGGCAACUGGCGUCAGCCAGAGCUGCCAGAGGUGAUAGCGAUGCUGAGCUUCCGCCUGGAUGCUGUCAAGUCCAAUGCAGCUGCUUACCUGCAGCACCUGUGUUACCGUAAUGACAAGGUGAAGACAGAGGUGCGCAAGCUGAAAGGCAUUCCAGUGCUGGUGGGAUUGUUGGACCACCCCAAGAAAGAGGUGCAUUAUGGUGCCUGCGGGGCUCUCAAGAACAUCUCCUUCGGCAAGGACCAAGACAACAAGAUUGCCAUCAAGAACUGUGACGGGGUGCCUGCUUUGGUGCGCCUGUUGCGGAAGACCCACGAUAUGGACCUUACAGAGGUCAUCACAGGAACACUGUGGAACCUGUCUUCACAUGACUCCAUCAAGAUGGCCAUUGUGGAUCAUGCACUGCAUGCCCUGACUGACGAGGUUAUCAUCCCCCGCUCAGGCUGGGAGCGAGAACCCAACGAGGACUCAAAACCCCGCCACAUUGAGUGGGAAUCAGUACUCACCAACACUGCUGGCUGCCUUAGGAAUGUGAGCUCAGAGCGGAGUGAAGCCCGUCGGAAGCUGCGAGAAUGUGAUGGGUUGGUGGAUGCCCUGAUAUACAUCAUCCAGUCUGAGAUUGGCCAAAAGGACUCAGAUAGCAAGCUGGUGGAGAAUUGCGUGUGCCUGCUGAGAAACUUGUCUUACCAAGUCCAUCGUGAGAUCCCCCAUGCUGAGCGCUACCAGGAGACUCCUCUGGUCACCACCAACAAUGCUGGGCCCCAUGCUGCAAGCUGCUUCGGUGCCAAGAAGGGCAAAGACGAAUGGUUCUCCAGAGGUAAAAAGCUUCCUGAAGACCCUGGUGCAGAUACAGUGGAUUUUCCCAAAAGAACAACUCCAGCCAAAGGCUACGAGCUCCUCUUCCAGCCAGAAGUGGUCCGGAUAUACAUCUCCCUGUUAAAGGAAAGCAAGACUCCACCCAUCCUAGAGGCUUCAGCAGGAGCAAUUCAGAAUCUGUGUGCUGGCAGUUGGACAUACGGCCGCUACAUCCGCUCAGCACUCCGCCAAGAGAAGGGACUCUCAGCCAUUGCUGACCUCCUGACCCACGACAGUGAGCGUGUGGUGAAAGCAGCGUCUGGAGCCCUCCGCAACCUGGCUGUUGACUUACGUAACAAGGAGCUGAUAGGUAAACAUGCCAUCCCCAACCUAGUGAAGAACCUGCCUGGAGGCCAGCAGACUCCAGCCAAAAACCUCUCUGAGGAUACAGUGGUGUCCAUCCUCAAUACCAUCAACGAAGUCAUUGUAGACAACCUGGAGGCUGCCAAGAAGUUGCGGGAAACGCAGGGGAUUGAGAAGUUGGUGCUCAUCAACAAAACUGGGAACCGCUCAGAGAGAGAAGUCCGAGCAGCUGCCCUCGUCUUGCAGACGAUCUGGGGGUAUAAAGAGCUGCGGAAGCCCCUGGAGAAGGAAGGCUGGAAGAAGUCAGAUUUCCAGGUGAACCUUAGCAAUGCCUCUCGGACACAAGGAGGAAACUCAUUUGAUGACAGCACCUUGCCUCUCAUUGACAGGAACCAAAAAACAGACAAGAAAUCCUCCCGGGAGGAGAUCCAGAUGAGCAACAUGGGACCAGACAACUAUUCCACACUUAACGAGAUGGACCACAGCAGGACACUGGACCGAUCUGGUGAUCUUGGAGACACGGAGCCAGUGAAGGCAGCACCGUUGAUGCAGGAGGAGGGGCAGGAAUCCCAGCAUGAGGCAGAGGAAGAUCCUGCUGAGUUUUCCUCUGUGUCGCAGAAGAUCUAGCUGCUACCCCUGCCUCCGCUCAGUUUGGUUGAUAAUAUAUUUUAUAUAUAUAAAUAUAUAUAACUCUUCGUGGUGGAAUGGACCGAAUUUUUUUCAACUUUUUUUUUUUUUUUUUGCUGGACUGUUUGUGCCAACUAGCCAGCCAAAUGACUGGGCCUGGUCCCACAGGAGGCAGCCCAGGCUGCUCUGCCUCCUCUCGGUGGCUGCAUCUCCCUGUUCUGGGACAACUAUCAAUAACUCUUCCUCCCUGUCCUCCACCACUUCCCUUCCUUCAGAGAGGAGGCCCUCCUGCCUGACUGCCUGCGCCAACCGGCAAGGAUGCUGCAAAACAAUUCCAGACCUCUGCCUUGACCAGGAACUGCCUUUCUGCCUCACCUUCCUUCUGCUUGGAGUCUACUGUGGGGACAGCGACCAAGACCUUACUUGCCACCUUCCUUUGUUGCCUAUAGGAUAUUUUUCUGUGUGUGGGAUCACUCUUGUGCUGAGGCUGCAGGGACAAGAGCAUCCCUCCCUGGCAGCAGCAGGACUGGGAUGCGAAGGAGGCUAGAAUCACGGGGGUGUUGGUGGAAAGGAGAAGCAGCAAUAACUCUUCUUGCUUUGCUCUAGAUGAGGCUUUGGGGGUGUGGGAAGAGGGAUCUAUCCUAGCUUUGACUGUUUGGCCUGGCUCUGGAUCCUGCUGCGGGGAACAGGGGUCUGGAUGGGGCAAUUGAAAAGAGGAGGGAUCCUUAUGUAGGGAAAAGGUCUGUGUGGUGCGUGUGGGGCAGGCCUCUGCCCUGGGGGUGAUCUUUCCCUGGGGAAGGAGUAGGGUAGGAGGAGUAGCAGCAGGGCUUUCGGGGCCGCAUUUCUUUGGGAACUGGCUGAAGUAGCGGUGGGUCUGCGAGGGCGUGCGCAGCAGGUAGGGCCUGGAUCCCAGCCACCCCCAUCCAUCAGCUGCCUGUGGCAGUGCUCCCUCAGACUUCUCUUGACAUGUGCCUUUCUUUUGCCACUGUGAAAUAGCUCUUUGAAUUGUACUGUUUGGCUUCGCUAGGGGAAGCGGUGUUCCAGGCUGCUGGUGGGGCUGAGCUGGAAGCCCAGCGGGGAGGAUCCCAGCCCUGCUGCCUUUGGCUGCCACUGCUGAAUAGGGAGCAGGGCUCUCCCCUCUCUCCUGUCCUGGGGAGCCCAGGCUGUCCUGGGAGCAUCUCUGUGGUGGUGGGGGUGUGUUUGGUGCUGUGAUAUUCUGGGUGAAUAGGGGGAGGCUUAGGCUCACUGUGCAACUGGAAGCCUCUUUGCAAGGCUGCAAACUGGAGAUGGAGCCCUCCCCAGUACGCACACUUGUGCCUCGCUCUUCCAGCUCCAGCCACACCUCAGCUCCGUUUGGUUUUGUUCUGGGGGUCUAACUUCUCUUUUUCCCUUAAAUAUGUAAAACACUAAUUCCUUUUAAUUUUUUAAUUCCAGAUGAACCAAAAAGAAAAAAAAAAAAACCCACAAAACCAAGCUUCCCCCUUCCCUCCUCUCCUGCGCAGGGCAGGGGAGCUGGCUGCAGGGUGAGGGUGGAGGGGGCAGGAGCACCCCACUGUUCCUUGUCUGAUUCCUGUGCACACUCUUGUAACGCUUUUCAAACAAAAUGAUUUUUUUAUAUAAAUAAAGUUUUUAAAGUGUG